AAACCGCUCAUCUCUCUCUCCUUAGACUCCGAGUAUCAAGCAGCCGUGAGGAUUUGCUUGGAUCACUUUCACUGCUUUCAUGUUCCGUCCUUGUGCCCAAAAGCAUGAUUAAAGAAGAUGCUGUAAACAGGCUCCCGGUCAGCAAUCUCUGAUUAAACCCAUUUCAGUUGCACAAAGUGGAAAUUCCAAACGCUAAGAAUAACACUGCAAACAAAAAAAAAACACAAAGGAACUGAGAUCCGAAAGAGAGGCUUUACUGGAAGCCGCUCAGUAGCAUCGAUUAGUCACCAGGACUUUUCAGUCACAGAAUGUCACUCUAAACAAAAGCAAGGGAGAAACACGCGCACAUUGCUGAGAGAGACAGUGAGAGGAAGGAACAGCCAGAAGUGGGCAGAGAGACUGUUAGCAGAACAUCCAGAAAAUGAGAGUUGGAAAGACUUGAAUGAUUCAGAUGCCACAAAUGAGAGAAAAAGCAAUACAUCAGACAGAAAGGAAGACUUGUCUUAACUAAGAAGGACGUUAUAGACUCCACAAACCGCUCGAUUGAAACUCACAUCGAAAGGGGUUUCUCAGAAGACCCAGGUUAGAGAUUCUUCACCAUGGGCGAUCCAACAAUAAUGACAGCUGAAGCUGGCUUCACUCUGACCCAGCAGGACUGGUCCUUGGGAUGGGCACCAUACACGUCACCUCCAACCAAUUGCAGUGCCAACCUUACCAAUAACACAAAUGUGUGCCAGGUCAACGCUGACUUCCAGUACCUCAUGUUUCCCGUGGUGUACAGCCUGGUGUUUGCCUUUGGCACUGUGUCCAAUCUGUGUGUCCUCUGGUACCUCUUCAGGAAGAAGGGCUCUUUCUCACCGUCCGACGUCUUCAUGAUCAACUUGGCCACCAUUGACCUCAUCUUUGCCGCCCUGCUCCCAUUCAAAGUGGUCUACCACGCCCUGGAGAACGACUGGAUCUUCGGUGAGGUAGCAUGCAAAAUCACCGGCUCCCUCUUCUUCGCCAACAUGUAUGGCAGCACGCUCUUCCUCACCUGCAUCUGCGUGGACCGCUACAUCGCUGUCGUCCAUCCCAUCCGUUCGCUCCAGCUCCGCAAAACGCGCUACCGCGUGAUCACGUGUUGCCUCAUCUGGCUGCUUCUGGCCUGCGUCCUGCUCUGUCUGACCAUCGGAGGACCUCUGACCAGUAAGUUCCCCAAUGGCAAGACGGCCUGCCUGGAGAACUUCAACGCCAAGUCCUGGAACAGACGCAUCUCGGGGAUCAGCAUCGUGGCCGCCGUCAUCGGUUUCUUCAUCCCGUUGGUCAUUAUCAUCAUCUGCUACCCUCUGAUCGCCAAGAAGCUUCUGGAGCACAACGUGGGCAAGGACACAGUGCACACGGUGAAGAGAAGAGCCCUCCGCACUGUGCUGCUGGUGCUGGUGGUCUUUCUCAUUUGUUUCGUGCCCUACCACCUCAUCCAGCUGAUCCACACCCUCCGACGGAUCCGGGUGCUCUCCAGCUGCCGCCUCAUCCAGUUCACCUACUCGGCGCGACGGGUCACCAUGGCACUGACCAGCCUCAACAGCUGCCUGGACCCCAUCAUCUACUCGUUCAUGAGCAACACCUUCAACUGGAGGAGGCUAUGUUGCCAAGGAGAUCGGCUCACAAUCAGCUUUCCCACCAAAGACACAUCGGAAAGAAAAUCAACACGUUUAGCUGCUCUCUGAGAUCCUGAGACUUCCUUAUCCUUUCCCAGUCUUUGCUUGAACUGUCACAGAUGAAUGGUUGAGGGUGGAAGUGCUUGGUGAAGUCGGGUGGGGAGGUGGGUGAGCUCUGAGCAAGGAGUCUGUCAACAUUGACAUCUCCAUCGAAGACACACAUGCUAUCUAUCCUCCUCACACAAAGGUGUCGCUGACCUGCCCUUUCUCUUAGACACAAUUUCUCUGAGAAAUACCAUCUCCUUUCUCAUGGACUAACACAGACAAACCUUAUCUCACACUCACAGUUUACAUUCUCCCCCUCAUAGGCGUGCGCUCAAUAUUUCUUCACCCGCUCACCUACCUACUGCUGAAAUUUGAGCACUGAGUCUCUCCGCAGAUGCUGCCAGACCUGCUGAGUUUCUCCAGCGAUUUCUGUUUGAGUGUGUUACUGUUCGAUCAAUAGACCUAAAUUUCUUCAGUAAAGGCUUGCUGGAAAUCUGAAACAAACAGAGACAAUACUGGGGGUAUUCAGCAAGUCUGGCAGCAUCAGUGGAAGGAGAAACAGACUUAAUGUUGGAGGCUGGUGUGAACUAACAGGCCCACACUUGGUUGGAAGGCUGGUUUUCAAUAUAGAGCAAUGCAUUAAACAUGGGCUCUAAUCCUGCACCAACUGAGGUUACCAUGAAGGACUGUCCUUCCAACCUCUCCCCUUGCCUGAGGUAUAGUGACCCUCAGAUUAAACCACCACCAGUGAUCAGUCCAACAGCAGAGCAGUCCUCUGGGACCGUAGCACUGCGUGUGUGUGUGUGUGUGUGUGUGUAUGUGUGACUUGUAGAUGGUGUUUCAUAUGGGGUACCCUCACAAUCUGGUUCCCUCUGUCUGCCUCCCCCUCUGUCACUGUAUAAAAUCCGUUUACCAUCUGUUAUCAGUUCUGAAGAAGGCUCAUAUCAGACUCAAAACUCUCUCUUCCAGACCUGCACAGUUUCUCCAGUAUUCUCAGCAUUAUGUACCCAAUUCACUCUCUCUCUCAACGCACACAUACACAUGUGCCAAUACACAAACACAUAGACAUGAGCAGUCACUCUCUUGUACACAUUUUCCAGCAGGAGGACAGCAGAGUGCAACCAAAAAAAUAGCCUGACCGGUUUGUCAUGCUUUUUUGCAAUUUUGUCCUGACUCCUACUGCAGCACGCUCAUUUCUGCGCCAUUUGCAAGAGUUGAACUGGAGCUCCUCACUGAGUGGUGAAUAUAACAUUGUAGCAACAAACUGUUGGGGUAUGAAACCAAUCACUCCCAGUGAAAUGAACAUCUCUCACACAUUGAAUUCCCUCACCUGCAAAUGCUAGCAGGAAUAUACAUACCAACAGAACUUUGAAGAGACGAAAUUUCAAAAGGGUUAAAUUUUUGCUCCAACUUUCUGAAAUAAUCUGUUAGUGGCAGAGGCUGGAAGUUUAAAGUUUGUAUACACCAGAAGUGAGAGCUUGGAUUUGAAAAGCAUAGAAAUCUGCCCAGACAAGACCAGACAUAACAGGAAAAGCAAGAGAAAGCAGGAAGUGCUGAUGCUGGAGAGUGUGAGAUGACAAGGUGUAGAGCUGGAUGAACACUGUAGCAUCAGAUAGCAAGAACUACAGAUGCCGGAGAAUCUGAGGGGAGCAUAAACUGCAGAUGCUGGAGAAUCUGAGGGGAGCAUAAACUGCAGAUGCUGGAGAAUCUGAGGAUAGCAGGAACUGCAGAUGCAGAUGAUUGGAAAAGCAAGACUGUUUUCAGUAUUAAUGUGGAUGGAGGAUAUGUCAAUCUGAAGGAGCAACAUAUUCACUUUUACCUUAACUGCGAACUGGAAUAUCCUCACCAUUCAUGAGCUGCUCUGCAUUCUUAUAGCUUCAAGGGGGUAAGAAGAGGCAGAAAUCCUGUAGGUUUUAAUAUUGUUAUUCUGUAUGUGGGAGCAAUGCGUGGAUCAGAGAUGUUCAGCAAGACAGUUUGAAUUAGCCGAGGGAAGAGAUUUUCACCGACAGCAACGAAACAGGGCACAAUGCUUUGGGAGGAUGGUUGGUGGGGGAUGAGAAGGCGGGAUCAGUGGGACAAGCAUUUGCCUCCCACUGUAAAGACCAUGAGAAAUAGGAACAGGAGUAGGCCAAAUGGACCCUGGUCUGCCAUUCAGUCGGCUCAUGGAUCUUGAACAGGCUCAAGAGCAGCAUCUUCCCUGCUGUCGAUGGACCUGUCAAAAUUUUGAAGUUUAAUGUUGACUUUGCACUUUGUGCACCUUCUCUGCAAGCGUAACAUUGUAUUCCUCGCUCUGCUAUAUUACCCUAAUGCAACUUUGUAUGGUGUGAUCCGCAUGCACAGCUUGUGAAACAAAACUUUUCACUGUACUGAGGUAUAGUAAAUCAAAUCAAAUCAAAUUAUGACUGAUUCCCUCACUCAGCGUGUCCACUUUCCUCCCAAAUCCCCUCAAUUCCCCAACUGAUCAAGAAUGUAUCUAUUCUCUACCUGAAAUACACACAAAGACUCUGACCUCACAGUUCUCUGUGGAAAGUAGUUCCAAAGACUCACAGCUCCCAAGAGAAGCAAUUCCUCCCCAUCUCAGUCUUAAAUUGGUGCCCCUUUAUUCUGAGACUGUGCCCCUUGAUCCUGGACUCUACAAUGAGGGAAAGCAUCCUCUCAGCAUUUACCC